AUGGCUAAUCGAGCUGUAUACAUCUCCGCUCAGGACCCAAGGCGCGUGAUGCGCGAAUUGCUAGACAUCAUGCAUAAUGACGAAGACAACAACCACCUGUCACUUUCCUGUAUGAGAGCUAUGGAAAGGUACCUCGUCGCAAACCUCCACCAGUCGUCGCUUCCAGUCUCGCUGCUCGACGAGAUUCGCGCGGCUGAUGACCGGGCCAUCCAACAAUCUCGCAUGGCCGAGGCACCUAGCGGGAACAGGAGGAUCUUACGAUGGAUUGCGAAUGUGAAUCCGAUACCAGUCGUUGAUUCAGGCGAGAGUCACACGAGAGUACCGCGUAAUAUCACUAAGUCCUUCUUGCUGACCAAAUACGACCUAUCCGUCGAUGAACCUGCACCGGUACAACACGAGGCACCACCAGCUCUUCCGAGUACAAGAGGUUCAUCGCCGACUGAGAGGGCUUCUAGUGUCAGUACUACUAGGGAUAAUAGGCUACCGCGUGAUGUCAACCGGGCCUUCUAUAUGGCUGGCGACGACGAGACGGCUAUCGAUGAAUCUCUACCAGCCUAUCACAAACCACCACUAGCUCCCCCGAAUGCACGCAAUUCGUCUUCGACCGAGAAGGUUUCUAGUGCUGGCACUUCCAAGGAGAAUAGAUUACCAUGUGAUGUGAACCAGGCCUUCUAUAUGGCUGAUGAGGACGAACCAACAUCAUCUUCUCAGCCUCUCCUCGCUCAAACCUCGACCGAGCAGACUUUGGCACCUGUGAGGAACAGGUGGGUCUUAGGGGAGAUUUCGAAUACGGUUUUGAGACCAGUGACUGGCCCAGGUGAGAGCCAUCUAGGAGGAACGCGUAGUAUCAACCAAUAUUUCUAUGUGGCUGAAGAUGACGGGCCGGUCAUCAAUGAAUCUCCACCAGUGCCUGAACCAGAAGAGAGUCAUUUGGGAGGACCGCUUAAUUUCAAUCAAUCCUUUUAUAUCGCUGAAGACGACCCAUCCUUUGACGAGCCUCCACCAGUCCACCAUGAGCCACCAAGAGCUCCUCUGAAUCCCCGCACUCAACCUUCGAUCAGGCAGCCUACCCGUGUCAGUAAACCCAAAGCUAAUACUCAACAAACCGCCAGCUCCACCCUCCACCCAACUCAAAUUGACCAGCCAUACCGGAGGUUACUCACCAACGCCAACUACGACGCAGCCGUAACCCUCGAGGAACUCGAGCAGACUUUUAUCGAAGAGACAGGACCAGCAGACGACGGCUCCGACACAGAAGAAGCCACCGAACCCGACACCCCCAGCGACCUCAACACCGCACCCGCCCCCCACAUCUUCGAAGACAUCCCCAAAAUCGUAGUCACCGACUCCCGUGAAAACAUCCAAGCCAUCGUCGACGUCGACCCCGAGCAACGUCGAGAAAAAACACCAGAUAUCCCCGAAUACAACUUCCUCAAGCAAAAGAAAGCAGGGUUCUACGACAGAGCAGCCGACGAGCCGCAGCGCUUAUACCCUUCUACGGUUAUGGAGAGGAGAGAUGCGCUGCCUCCUAGUUGGUCUGCGCGCUAUAAGGGAAGGAGUAAGAGAUCUGCUCGGCCUGCGUGCUCGUCGCCGCCGAUUCAGAGAGCGGGCUCGGCGCCGGGGGCUGCUGCAAAGGCUACGGAGGUUACAGGGGGGAAGCAGGUGAGUGGUGUGGAGACAAUGAGUACGACGGGGAAGCGGACGCGUGGGGCGGAACCGCGGACUACGACGAAGAGGCUCAGGAAGCCUGGUGGGGGUAGGAAAGAUGUUUAG